CUACAGUGAGACCCUGUCUCAAAACGAAAAUAAUUUCGAUAUGAGGGUAGUCUGGAUGGAAACUUGGGCGGGACCUAUAUUCAAGAGAAGCAAUGACAACUCGGGCAUCACAUCUUGAAGCCCUUUGUGCCAAACCCUCACUUCUUGCCACAUGAGUCCACGUCAUGACAGAUGCCAAGUACGUUCUCUGCAGAUGGGAAGAGCGAUUAUGGCCCGCGAAGGUUUUGGCCAGAACCGAGACUUCAACGAAAAAUAAAAGAAAAAAGGAAUUCUUUCUAGAUGUUCAAAUCCUCUCCCUAGAGGAAAAAAUCCAGGUGAAGAGCUCGGCUGUGGAGGCCCUACAGAAGUCACACAUCGAGAAUAUCGCUGCCUUGUUGGCCUCGCAGCAGGUCCCCGCCACACCGCUGGAGGAGCUGACCUACCGACGCUCACUGCGAGUAGCUCUGGAUGUCUUGAACGAGAACAACGAUGAGGGAGAGAAGCCAAGCAGGGAGACAGCCUGUCAGCACCCCAAUGCUCCUUCUCCAUCCUUCCUCCCUGAAGCCAAGGUGGCUGGGCCUAGACCUCAGAGACAGGAGGAACACACGCACACACCACAGAGCCUGCUGGAGUCGUCCUUGUGUGAAAAGGACCCUGAAUGCAAAGUGGACCCCACGCAGGGCCUGAGGAGGAGCGGAAACUCAAGAGCCUUGUCUGUCCCACUCACCUUAGAUGGUUCUCAGGAUGGUGGUGGGUCACCGAACAGCCACAAAAAUGACACCCUGGCCACUAAGAGGCAGAGUGGUUCGGGAGAGAAACCUUGCCAGGACCAGACUGGGUCUGUCCUCUCCCAGGGAGAGAGCAGAUCAGAGAGUGACAGGCCAGCUGGAAGCUGCACAGCCUUGCCCAUGCCCUCCCAAGCCUGGGAGGACAGAUCCUGUGCCAACGUCAAAGGCUGUGAGCCUUGCAUGCCGUUACCGGCUGGCAGCCACAUGCUACACCCAGCCCCCGAGCCAGCCAAGGGACGCCCAGUGAAGCGACCACGUGUGGAUGGAGGCCUGAGUACCCUGGGGAUCACAGCUGUGGGGACAGUGCUGUCCCCCAGGCAGGGGACCAGGGAGCAGAGGACACUGCCCAGCGCUGUGAAUAGUCCCAGCCCGCCUCCCCUACGCCCUUCUGACAGGCCAGAGGAAGGUCCUCCGUCUUCAGCAGAGUCCCCAAAGUUCAGCCCCAUCCGCUCCCUGGAGGAGGAAGAGGAGGAAGAGCCGCCCAGAAUCCUUUGGUACCACGAACCACGAUCAUUUGAAGUAGGAAUGCUGGUCUGGCUGAAAUACCAAAAGUACCCCUUCUGGCCUGCGGUGGUCAAAAGCGUCCGGCGCAGAGAUAAGAAAGCCAGCGUGCUCUUCAUUGAAGGGAACAUGAACCCCAAAGGCCGUGGGAUCACCGUGUCCCUGCGCAGGCUGAAGCACUUCGACUGUCAGGACAAGCACACACUGCUGGACAAAGCCAAGGAGGACUUUGCGCAGGCCAUCGGCUGGUGCGUCUCUCUCAUCACAGACUACCGUGUGCGGCUAGGCUGUGGUUCCUUUGCUGGCUCUUUCCUGGAGUAUUAUGCUGCCGAUAUAAGUUAUCCUGUCCGGAAGUCCAUCCAGCAGGAUGCACUGGGGACCAGGUUUCCCCAGCUGGGCAACGUGGACCCUGAAGAGCCUGCAAGGGACAACCCCCCAGGGCGACAGCCACCCUGCCGGAAGAUGCUCCCAGACCGCUCCCGGGCUGCACGGGACCGAGCCAACCAGAAGCUGGUGGAGUACAUUGUGAAGGCCAAGGGUGCAGAGAGCCACCUACGUGCCAUCCUGAGGAGCCGCAAGCCGUCCCGGUGGCUGAAGACCUUCCUGAGCUCUGGCCAGUAUGUGACCUGCGUGGAGACGUACCUGGAGGACGAGGAGCAGCUGGACGCAGUGGUGAGGUACCUGCAGGGUGUGUGUCGUGACAUGGACAGCGACAUGCUGGUGCGUGGAGGCGGGGACCACAUUCGCUUCAUCCUGGACGUGCUGCUGCCUGAGGCCAUCAUCUGUGCCAUAUCUGCAGUGGAUGCUGUGGACUAUAAGACAGCUGAGCAGAAGUACAUCCGGGGCCCAACACUCAGCUACCGGGAAAAGGAGAUAUUUGACAGUGAGCUCCUGGAGGAGAGGAAGCGGCGCCAGUGGUGACAAGCUGCCGAAGUGCCCUCCUCCCCACAGCACCUGCCAGGCCGGCAUGGCCCACCACUCCUAGGAGUCCUGACACAGAAACUACCUGCUGGAAUGUUGCAGCUGAGGUCCAGGCUGUGGUUGGCCCUUGUCUUCAGUCCUGAGUUCCAAAGAACUAUUUCAUUAACUCCAGAGCCACCUGCAGCUUAUAGAAAAUAUGUUUUUGGAAAGGGUGUGUAUGUAUGUGUGCGUGUAUAUGUGUGUGUGUGUUGGAUUUUUAUUUUUGAAAGGUUUUUAAAGGAACAACCUUGUUUGCACCCCCUUCCUUGUCACUGCAUACAGUGACCUGUGUGCCAUAUCACUCAUGCCAACAUUCAGCAGGAGCUUCUGGAAAGACAGUUUGAUUCGAAUACAGGGCUCCCAGAGCACCCAUGGGUAUUA